GCUUUCCUGAGUUUUAAAGCUUCUCUCAUCUGCCCGGUGGGAUAGAGAUCGUAGAGACCGCGUGCGGUUGUGAUUUCAAGGAGGGCGAGGAUGAACGGAGGGGAUCUGCAGUUGCCCCACGGGUUCCGUUUCCACCCCACCGACGAGGAGCUCGUCAAGCACUACCUCUGCCGGAAGUGCGACGGCCUCCCCAUCGCCGUCCCCAUCGUCACCGAGCUCGACCUUUACAAAUUUAACCCAUGGCAGCUCCCUGAGAUGGCGUUAUACGGGGAAAAGGAGUGGUAUUUUUUCUCGCCGAGGGACCGGAAAUACCCGAACGGCUCGAGGCCGAACCGGGCGGCUGGGUCGGGUUACUGGAAGGCGACCGGGGCGGAUAAGCCGGUGGGAUCGCCGAAGCCGGUGGCCAUCAAGAAGGCGCUGGUGUUCUACUCCGGCAAGGCGCCCAAGGGCGAGAAGACCAACUGGAUCAUGCACGAGUACCGGCUCGCCGACGUCGACCGGACCGCCCGCAAGAAGAACUCACUCAGGGUAUAUUUUGGACGAUUGGGUGUUGUGCCGAAUCUACAACAAGAAAGGCGGCAGCGCCGCGUCGGACCAGAGGGGGUCGAAGAUGGCCGGUUCGAGGACGAUCCGGCCCGGCCCAUCGUCCAGUCCGGAGGACCAGAAGCCCAUCCUAAUGGCUCCUCCGGCGCACGUGCCGGCGGAGCUGGUGUACAGCUUCGCGCCGUCGGCCGACUCGAUGCCGAGGCUCCACGCGGACUCGAGUUGCUCGGAGCACGUGCUGUCGCCGGAGCAGCUGGCGUGCGAGCGGGAGGUGCAGAGCCAGCCGCGGUGGCGGCCCAGCGAAUGGGACCGGGCGUUUGGCCUCUCGACCGCCUCCAAUUCGGUCUUCAACCAGGUCGAACCGGGUCUAUUUCCCCAGACCGGGUCUAGUGACCCCUUUCAGGAUAUCCUCGUCUAUCUAGGAAAACCCUUUUGAAGAUGCGACCGCUUGCCAACUUACUAUAAACGGAGUCGACUCGUCUAACUGCGUGCAUCGUAAGCCGUUGGAUUCAAUACAGAGACGGGAUCGGGCGGCUGCUGAAGAUGCCGCCGCCGCCGCCGUCGUCGAGAUGAGGCAUGAGUGAACCGACUCGGGUCGCGUGGAACCCAAAGGAAAUGUGAAUAUUUAUAUAAACUACUAAAUGAUUGGCAUUGCUAUGUAAUUUAUCAUAUAUUUUUUAAAAAAUUACAAGAGAUUAUUAAGUGUCCAA